AUGGACAAAGAAACAACGGGGCAAAGUUGUCGAAAAUGUGACGCAGCGGACAACGAGAGUAUGGUCCAGUGUGACACCUGCGACGCCUGGUACCACUUCAACUGCGUUGGAGUACAUAGCAAUGUGGCUGACGAAAGCUGGAGCUGUGAAAGCUUCCAGAAUCAUGCAUCAACCACGAACGCGCAUCCAACCGCAUCGUCAUCGCCAACUACCAAGCAAGGUAACCGGCACGUGAAUUUUCUCCCAACGUUUCCAACAAUUGCGAAGAUAUCUAACUCAACAGUCAAUCCGCUUCUAAAACCUGCGACUCAUAUAGCAAAUUCUACAGUUACUACCGCUACUCCAGUAUCCACGAACCUUUCGACCUGGGCUUCUUCGAACUGGAAUUUCGAACCCAGUACAUCAGUUCAGGGAUCGCAACUGCCAAAUAAAUCAAGUGAGUAUAACCCAGGGCUACAACAAUUCACAACGGGCAGCAUCGCCACCUCUGCAAAUGAGAUUUCGUACAGUCAACCAAAAGUAUUCUCGUCGGUGCAGCAAGUAGGUAUACGAAAUGGCCAAGGUAUGCAGAUGCCAUUCAACUCCGAAAUAUAUCGAAACCUUCAGCUUGAAAAGUUGGAAGAGCAGAUGAAAUUGCAACAACAAUAUUUGGACAACAAAUAUAAGAUUCUUUCGCAGUAUAACGACCUGCCCUCAUCCAGCACUUCGAUGGCCUCUUUUAGCAAUGGGCCUACACCUGGGCAAUUAGCAGCAAGGCAGGCCAUACCUAAGCAGCUCCCAACCUUUAAUGGCGACCCUGAAGAAUGGCCGCUGUUUAUUAGCAGUUUCGAUAACAGCACUACGGUCGCGGGGUACACCGAUGCGGAGAAUUUAAUUAGAUUACAAGCGAGGCUUAAAGGCAAAGCACGGGAGAUGGUAAAAUGUAAAUUGUUUUUGCCGUCCAUGGUCCCUGAGAUCAUAAAAACUCUUAGAAUGUGCUUUGGCAGACCUGAACACAUCCUUGAGCGCGCAAUGAAUAAAGCUCGAGCUAUGCCUGCACUGAAGGAUAAAUUGGAGGGCCUUAUUGAAUUUGCACUCUGCGUCAGGAAUAUUUGUGCCACGAUGGAAGGAUGCCAAAUGUACAUGCACCUGCAUAACCCACUGCUCGUCAAGGAGUUGGUUGACAAGCUCCCCAACAACCAAAAGCUGAACUGGGCGGUUCACCCGAAAGAUGAAAAGACUCCGGUGGUGAAACAAUUCAGCGACUGGUUGUACAAUCUAGCCGAAGCAGCCAGUACUGUCGUCUCUUUAGCACCUGCUGAAAGUAGUGCUACGGUUAACACGCAUACUAUCGACGUGAACACUCAGCAUCCAUCACCAGCUCGCAACAUACCAAGGAGCAAGCAGUGUAUAAUUUGCAAGAGCAACGAUCAUAAGGUAAUGCAAUGCGACACUUUUAAAAAAUUUACACUUCAGCGAAAAUGGGAGGAAGUUAAGGCGAACAACCUCUGUCGCCAAUGUUUGAAUCCGCAUAGACGGAAAUGUUUUAUGAAUAAAGUAUGUGGUGUAGAUGGUUGCACUAUAAAUCAUAAUCCGUUACUACAUAAAACAAUCACGGUAAUGAGCCAACAAAAACCCAUCGCCGCAAGUACAAAUACAAACGAAUUUUUAGAUGCGCAGAUAAAUACGCACAGUAGCAGCCACGAAGAAAUGCAGCCACUCUUCAGAAUCGUUCCGAUUCGCAUUUAUUCUAAAAAUAAAGUACUGAAUAUAUUUGCAUUUUUAGAUGAAGGCUCUUCUGUGACGCUAAUGGAAAAAAGAAUAUUUGAUGAAUUAGGCUUGAAAGGUGAACAAGACCCUCUGUGUUUGCGGUGGACAGGUAACACGACGCGUGUUGAAGAAAAUUCUGUGCGGGCGGCCAUCGAAAUUUCGAGUGUGACAAAUUGGCAGAAAUAUACUCUCAAGAAUAUUCAUACUGUUGACGAUCUCAAUCUUCCGGCACAGUCAAUCAAUGCAUCUGCGAUGGAGCGGCUAUAUCCAUAUCUAGCGGGACUGCCAAUUGCAUCAUAUAACAACGUAAAACCAUCAUUGCUUAUCGGUGCGGACAACUGGAGGUUGGCAAUUCCACUCAAAAUUAGAGAGGGAACCUGGUUCCAGCCCAUAGCGUCAAAAACCCGUUUAGGAUGGGCGUUGCAGGGAUGCAAUUCAAGACAGACUGCCGAAUAUCGACUAAAUAUACAUACAUGCGAUUGUCAAAAAAGAUACGAUGAGCUGCACGAGACUGUAAAAGAAUUCUUCACGUUAGAGUCAUCCAAACCUACUCAGCUACUGUCGGAAGAAGAUGCCAAAGCUGUGAGUAUUGCGAAUAACACUUGUAAAAAGGGCGAUAACUUUUACGAAAUUGGGCUACCGUGGCGUACCUCAAGUGUAUUGCUACCCAAUAACUAUGUAUAUGCUUUACAACGGCUGAUAUGUUUGCAGAGGAAGUUUGUUAAGGAUCCUAUGCUAAAAUCUAAUAUUCAAAUUCAAAUCAAUAAUCUACUUUCCAAGGGGUACGCGAAAAAACUCUCCCCGAUUGAGGCUGCUAUUUCUAAUGGUAAAACAUGGUAUUUGCCUAUUUUCAUUGUAAGCAAUCCAAAUAAGCCUGGAAAGCUUCGGAUGGUGUGGGAUGCUGCUGCAAAGGUGAACGGGGUGUCACUCAACGACUUCCUACUGAGUGGCCCAGACUUGCUUAACCCACUCGUUAGUAUUUUAUUAGCUUUUAGAGUAGGCAGAGUGGCUAUAUGCGGUGAUAUAGCGGAGAUGUUUCACCGUAUCAAUAUACGGGACAGCGACAUGCAUGCUCAGCGAUUUUUGUGGUGCGAUGACGGUGAUGAUCCUCAGCAACCAAAUAUUUAUGUCAUGCGAGCGUUGACCUUCGGAUUGAAUUGCGCUCCGUUUAUUGCCCACUACAUACGUGACAAAAACGCUGACCAUUUUGAAAAUUAA